CGCUACACAAGAUAACACACGAUCGAUUCGAUCAGUUUGUUUUCUUUGAUUGUCUAAAAAAUAAUAAUUGUCUUUCGUCCUUUAUAUCAUUGUGCAAUCUUCAUGAGUUCCAGAGAUAAUUUGAUCGAACCGUCAGCUCAACCAGUCAAUUAUGCAACUAAUCACGACCAAAGUCUUGACGAAUCUCAAAACACAAGGCUGAUGGAAGUUCCACCAUCUUCUCCAAGUUUUGAAACAAAGCAAGACGAACUACGCUUGUUCGAGCCCAAAAAAAGACUCAUAAAUAAGAAGGGACGACUUCAAGCUAUUGCCCAGAAAGUACCGAAGAAGGCCAAGCUUUAUUUAUCGGAUGUUUUCACUACUUCGAUAGACUUGAAGUGGCACUGGGUUAUUCUUCUCUUUUGCUUGUCUUAUAUCUUGUCAUGGUUUUUCUUCGGUACUUUGUGGUGGUUUAUCGUUCUUGGUAGAGGGAAAGACGUAUGUUUAACAGAGGUUGUAACUAUGACAACAAUGUCAGUAUGUUAUCUGCUGAUAUAGGUGGUUGCAAUGGUAUUACAUGAAUAUAUUUUACUAUAGACCAUUCUCAAAACUAUGUUAAAAGUGAAGAUGUUUUAGAAAAUGAAGCAAGAAAGUGCAAAAGAAUCACAUGAUUCCUUCACAGAAGUUGUGUCUAGUCUUCAUAUCUCCUUAAAUUUCACAUUCAAGAUAUCUUUGAAAGGGGUCCRCUCCAUUAAGAUGCAACAAGAUUUACAGUUAGAGAAGUAUUUUGAUAGUCAGAGAAAAAUUAUAAUCUUGAACGUUUGUGGAAACAAAGCAUUAGGUUUUCUCUUAUCCCUAUCUAUUCAAUUGACUGUCACUCAUCUCUUUAUCUUUUCAGUUUCCACUGUCCAUUUUAAUUUCUCUUUCGCUCAUGCAGUCUGUUUCCAUUGGCUAGAUUAAAGACCAUUUGACGUUGUCUAUGGCAAACAUAAAACAUCGCCCUCCCUCUAUUAACUAUGCAUACAAGUAACAUCAGUAAAUUGACCAGUGAAUUUUUUUUUAAUUAGUAAAAAGGAAUCUUGUAUAUCUCCUAGUAGUAGGUAAACAAGAUAUCAUUUUUUGUCUUUGGUGAGAAGGUUUGCAAAAGGUAAAGUGAAAUAAAGGCGGAAAUAUGAAAA